AUGAGUCAAGGAAAGCAGCCAGGUCCGCAAGCGGGCGCCGGCGACGCGAACAGCGUGCGCCAAGGAACGCAGAAACGUCCAAGACCUGGCAAAGUGGAAACGAGCAAGCGACUGACUGGCAGGACGCAACCUGGUGGCAUGUGCGGCGAGACGAGUCCUGGUGGGAUGCAAGCAACACUUCCUGGAACUCACCGACUACCUGGUAUGGUUCGGCACGAAAGCAAGGGGCAGAAAGAAGGCAAGAGGCAGGAAGAGGCGGUGGCCCCCUAUGGCUCCAAACGUGGCGCUGCUUGGUCAAGGAACCCAUGGCGCGAUGGUGCUGGGCAGCGUGCAACACGUGGCCAGGAUGCGGAUGCAGAUGGGCAAAAAACGAGAAGCCCCCUGCAGACCGCGACGAUGAUGAAGAACAAAGCGCUCGGUAUGUGGGAAGUGGCGUUCCAGCUUGCAGAGGCCGACCCCAGGCGAAUCGCUCCAGCGACUGAACCGCUGCCCGUCUUUCAUGCCACUUGUGAUGUGACGGACUUGAAGCACGCGCUAUCAUCUCUGUUUCCGCUCAUCCCCGCCAAGCUGCUGCACAACACUGCCAUCCUGUGGAACCUCAUCGGCAAGGAUGAGACGUCCUUGCCAGUGGUGGUCAAUUUGCAGGGCGUUGGCUGGCAAGGAUACUACAUUUCGAGGAAUGCGCCGACUUGGCACGAGGUGCAUCCUUCCGGUGGCUCGCACGCGUGCAUCUUCGUUCAUGGCGCGGGAUGGCGACAGGCGGCAGCUAUUUUGAGGGAGGGCGCCAGCUUGGGUCUUCCGGAGGGCCCUGAUGAAUGCGAGUCGCUGCUGCAAGCUGUCGGCCGCUCCAUUUCUACACCGAAGGGCCAGUCUGGAAUUCACAUCGUCGGAGAAGCAGUCUUGGAGGAUGCUCGCAGCGUGGUUCAAGGAGGCGCUUGGCGGGAGAUGGCGGCGGCCAGGGCUGCCGGCGUGGCACGCGCUCCAGAGCGCUGGGCAUUCCGGUCGGACAUCCCUUGCGUUCGUGGCGUUGUGAUCACUUUCCCCGUGUGA